AUUCCAUUCUAUAAGCUGUUCCUGUUUGCUGACUCUUCAGAUGUCCUUCUAAUGGUUGUGGGAACAUUUGGAGCUCUGGGAAGUGGGGCUGCAAUGUCUCUCAUGGCAGUGCUAUUUGGGAACUUGAUUGAAUCUUUCGGAGGAGAUAGCGAUAUGCAUGAGGUGGUUCACAGAGUUUCUGAGGUAUGCCUUCAGUUUCUCUACUUAGCUGUAGGAUCUGGAGUAGCUUCAUUCUUUCAGGUGGCUUGUUGGACGACGACCGGAGAGAGGCAAGCUGCUAGAAUAAGGAAUCUGUACCUGAAAACAAUAUUAAGGCAGGAAAUAGCAUUUUUUGACAAGGAAACAAAUACCGGAGAAGUUGUUGGGAGAAUGUCAGGUGACACUGUUCUCAUUCAAGAAGCCAUCGGGGAAAAAAUUGGCAGGUUCCUUAGGCUACUGUCAGGUUUCUUUGCGGGAUUUAUAGUUGCAUUUAUUGAGGGGUGGCUUCUAACUCUUGUAAUGCUAACCACUAUUCCUCUGAUUGUGGUGGCGGGGGCAGCGAUGGCCACAAUAAUAUCGAAGAUGGCAUCGAAACAACAGGCAGCUUACGCAGAGGCUGCGGUCGUGGUAGAGCAGACAAUUGGUUCGAUCAGAACAGUCGCAUCUUUUACUGGGGAGAAACAAUCUGUAGAUAAAUAUGGGAAAUCUCUAAAGAGCGCGUUUGAGGCUAGCGUUCAAGAGGGUCUUGCUUCAGGACUAGGCCUUGGUACUGUAAUGCUCACCAUGUUUUGUGUGUACAGUUUGGGAUUAUGGUAUGGCUCAAAGUUGAUAUUGGACAGAGGCUACACAGGCGCCGACGUAAUUAGUGUGAUAUUUGCAGUCCUCAUUGGAUCCUUCUCUUUAGGCCAGGCUUCUCCAUGUAUAACAGCAUUCGCAGCAGGGCGAGCUGCAGCAUACAAAAUGUUCGAAACAAUCAACAGAAAGCCAGAGAUCGAUGCUUCUGACCCCAAAGGAAAGAAACCGGAUGGCUUUCGAGGAGAUAUAGAAUUCAAGGAUGUUUACUUCAGCUAUCCAACAAGACAAGAUAACCAAAUUUUCCGCGGAUUCUCUCUAUUUAUACAAAGUGGUACGGCUGUUGCUUUGGUCGGAGAGAGCGGAAGUGGGAAAUCUACAGCAAUAAGUCUGAUAGAAAGGUUUUAUGAUCCACAGGCAGGUGAAGUUCUUAUUGAUGGUAUAAACCUCAAGGAGUUCCGUUUGAAAUGGAUCAGAGGUAAAAUAGGACUAGUGAGUCAAGAGCCUGUACUGUUUGCUUCGAGCAUUAAAGACAAUAUAUCUUAUGGAAAGGAUGGCGCAACAAAUGAAGAGAUCAAAGCUGCAGCUGAGCUUGCUAAUGCUGCCAAUUUCAUAGACAAAAUGCCUCAGGGACUUGACACCAUGGUCGGCGAGCAUGGAACUCAAUUAUCAGGUGGUCAGAAACAAAGGGUUGCGAUUGCAAGAGCCAUUCUGAAGGACCCUCGGAUUCUACUUCUUGAUGAAGCCACUAGUGCUUUGGAUGCAGAAUCCGAAAGGAUAGUGCAGGAAGCACUUGAUAGAGUAAUGGCAAACCGAACUACUGUUAUUGUUGCUCAUCGUCCCCCCAUCCCAAAUACAAACACACACCAAGUUUUGCUAGAUAAUCCUGUAUUCUUAUCAGGUUCGCAUGCAGAGCUACUGAAGGAUCCAAAUGGAGCUUAUUGCCAACUCAUAAGCUUGCAAGAAAUGAACCAAACUUCAGAUCAAGCGUCGCAAGCUGAGCUGGCUAGAUCUAGUCUUUCAUCCGACGGAGGGAGGCACUCUAGUCAACAUAUGUCUUUGAAUCAUUCCAUCUCCCAUGAAUUAUCAUCUAUAGGCCACAGCAGCCAUCACUCUUUCUCAAUAACAAUUGGAUUACCCGUAGGUUAUGAUGUCCAAGAUAUCAGCAAAUCAGAGGGCAGAAGCAACGAAGACCCUGCAAAAAAAGCAAAGGAAAUUUCCCUCCGACACCUUGCCUAUCUUAACAAACCUGAGAUCCCCGUGCUUACAAUUGGUUCAAUCUCUGCCAUUGUUAAUGGAACCAUCUUCCCCAUAUUUGGAAUUCUCCUAUCAAAUGCAAUAACUACAUUUUACCAGCCACCCCCAAAGAUGAUGAAGGAUUCUAAGUUUUGGUCGAAACUGUUUUUAGUACUUGGUUUCGUUUCGUUCAUUGGGUUUCCAGCUAGAACAUAUUUCUUCGGUUUAGCAGGAUCGAGAUUGAUAAGAAGGAUACGGCUUAUGACUUUCGAGAAAAUUGUGCACAUGGAUGUUGGAUGGUUUGAUGAGCCUGAGAACUCGAGUGGAGCGAUCGGAGCUAGAUUAUCAGCAGAUGCAGCGAUGGUCAGGGGUCUCGUUGGCGAUACUCUUGCUUUGGUUGUUGAGAAUGCAACUACUUUAGUUGCUGGUCUGGUUAUUGCCUUUUCUGCAAACUGGCAAUUGACUAUGAUUGUAUUGGCAUUGUUGCCCCUCAUAGGACUUAAUGGGUGGAUUCAGAUAAAGUCCAUGAAAGGAUUUAGUAGCGAUGCAAAGAUGAUGUAUGAGGAAGCAAGUCAAGUUGCAAAUGAUGCCAUAGGAAGCAUGAGAACAGUUGCUUCAUUCUCGGCUGAAGAUAUGGUGAUGGAAUUGUAUCGGACGAAAUGUGAAGGACCUAUGAGGACAGGAAUUAAGCAAGGGUUUAUUAGCGGUACUGGUUUUGGAGCAUCCUUCUUUGUGCUCUUUUGUGUUUAUGCAGCCUGUUUUUAUGCUGGAGUUCACCUUGUAGAGGAUGGAAAGACUACAUUUGGAGAAUUUUUUAGAGUUUUCUUUGCUCUUUCUCUGGCAGCCAUGGCAAUUUCUCACUCAAGCGGGCUAGCACCAGAUUCUAGCAAAGCAAAAUCUGCCACAGCAUCUAUAUUUGCAGUUCUUGACCUAAAGUCUGCCAUAGAUUCUAGUGACAAUUCUGGAAUGAAAUUAGAAACUUUGGAAGGAAACAUUGAGUUUCGGCACAUCAGUUUCAAGUAUCCCACAAGGCCAGAUAUUCAAAUCUUCCAAGAUUUUUGCUUGUCAAUUCAAUCUGGAAAGACUGUUGCAUUGGUGGGAGAGAGCGGAAGUGGGAAAUCAACUGCAAUACAAUUGCUACAGAGAUUUUAUGACCCCAAUUCAGGUAAGAUAUCGAUAGAUGGGAUUGAGAUAUCAAAGUUCCAGGUGAAGUGGUUGAGGCAGCAAAUGGGCCUUGUCAGCCAAGAACCAACAUUGUUCAAUGACACUAUUCGAGCCAACAUUGCCUAUGGAAAGGUAGGAGAGACUACCGAGGCUGAGAUUGUUGCUGGUGCUGAGUUAGCAAAUGCGGACAAGUUUAUAUGCAGUUUGCAGCAGGGCUAUGACACAAUGGUUGGAGAACGAGGGAUUCAGUUAUCGGGUGGUCAGAAGCAACGUAUAGCAAUUGCACGUGCCAUCAUAAAGGAGCCCAAGAUCUUGCUCCUUGAUGAAGCAACUAGUGCAUUGGACGCUGAAUCUGAAAGAAUAGUUCAAGACGCUCUAGAUCGAGUUAUGGUCAAUAGAACCACAAUAGUCAUCGCUCAUCGACUGUCUACAAUCAGAGGUGCUGAUAUUAUUGCUGUAGUUAAGAAUGGUAUGAUUGUAGAGAAAGGAAAGCAUGAGGCUCUGAUGAAUAUCGAGGAUGGGGCUUAUGCCUCCUUAGUAGCACUUCACUCUAGUUCUACUUCAUAAUGUACACCAUUUUGUAUUGAUGACUUUAUCUGGUUAGGUUUUGUUUUCAUUUAUGUUUCA